UGGUAGAGAGGGAUGAGACAGCUUGCAGAGGAGAGUGGGAGGGACGCAACGAAAGGGGGGCCAUCAAACAGUUUACAUCAUUGUUCCAGAAAGAUCCGCAGCUGGCUGGGCCUGGCUCUGUGACUGCUACUGGUGGUGUAUAUAAGUGGGCAGGCUGGGCAGACAACAGGUUUUUCUCCAGGAGGACAACGCUAGCCUUAGGUCAGAAGACGAAAUGGACGUCGCCAUCCAGCAUCCCUGGUUCCGCCGCUCUUUCUGGCCAUCCUUCUUCCCCAGCCGGAUCUUCGACCAGCAUUUCGGGGAGCAUAUCCCAGAGAGUGAGAUGUUGACCCCCUACCCCUCAUUGUAUUACCCACGACCCUCUUUCUUCCGCUUACCUAGUUGGGUGGAAAGUGGGCUAUCAGAGAUGAAAAUGGAAAAGGACCGUUUUACCAUCAAUUUGGAUGUAAAACACUUUGCACCUGAGGAAUUGGCAGUUAAGGUCAACGGCGGUUACAUUGAGGUUCAUGCUAAACACGAGGAUCGUCAGGAUGACCAUGGGUUUGUCUCACGAGAGUUCCUACGAAAAUACCGGCUCCCUCUCGGGGUCGACCCAGCCAGUAUCACCUCUUCACUCUCUUCAGAUGGCAUCCUCAUGGUUGCAGCCCCUCGCAAGCUCUCCGAUGAGCCUGAGCGCUCCAUUCCCAUCACUCGAGAAGAAAAGCCUGCUAUCUCUGGCUCACAGAAAAAGUAAAGCUGCUAGAUACUUGCUCCUUUCUGUCUCCCCUCCGCUGUGGUCCCCCUGCACUUAUCUUCCACCUUCACAUCCCAAGUCAAGCUUUGAGGAAAAGCCAGUGCUAGCAUUGAGCUGAACCUUCUAGAGGCUUGGCCUUUCCAGAGGCUAGUCCUAAUCAAAGGGCUCAUUUCUGAGCUAGCUAGUAACUGUUCUAGCACAUGUUUCUGUGCUAAAUAGUGAUCACUGAAUUGUCUAAUUCGGUUGGCACAUCAAAACCGUGUCCUCAGAGAUAUGUACAUCAUUACACCACAGGAGUAUUGUUUGUGCCGCUCAGCCGCUGGACGCAAAACACAUUUUGCUUCAGCAAUCCCAACCACAACCACGCCAAACAAAAGUGCUCUUUGUCUUUUACAGCCAGUCAGUGGCAAACAAUGGUGGCACGGAGUAGAGAAUGGUGAGGGAUUGAGUGUAGGAAGACUGGAUGUUUGAGCAUUUUUGUGAUCAAGCGGUGAAAAGAAAUUAGCCUACGAGGAAGAACACUGUGAGGGAAUUUUCACUGAGGUAAAAAAUGUUGUUUGUUUGGUUUCAAACGUUUCAUGUGAAGUGGGAGGUGGUGUGCCGAGGAAAAAUGAGUAUGUUUCGUAAUUUGGUACUUCCUUUUCAUGAUGGACUUGGGACCAGAUGAUACAUGAAGAUCAAGUGCAGGUAGCAACAAGGUGAGGAGAAAUGUUAUAGAAAGAAAGUGACCUCUUUUUUUUGGUAGUUUCUGUGGGAUUCUGUAGACAUGACUUUUCAUUGGUUUGGAUGGAUUGAUAUAUGGCGUCUGGAAACAUCUUGUUAUAAAUGGAGCAGUGAAUCAAAUAUGAUGAGGUUUGGUUUGAUAUUGAAAAGCUGCGUUCCAAAGUCUAGAUUGGCUCCAUUUCUCAGCCACUUUGUCAUAAAAGCCUGUCAUAAGUGAAGGGCUCUUCUUAUACAGCCUACAGCUGAGAAAUGCAGUCAGGGUUUGGAGCAAUAGACCUUGGAGUGCAGAUAGAAAAAAAAUGGGGAUGUGGGAAUUUGGUGGAAGAGAUUAUAAUUAGUUAAAAAUUAUUCAGAGGUGUUUGGAUUUCCUAAAGAAUGUGUCUGCUGACUUUUUCACAUAUUUUAAUGUGUUUCAAUCAAGUAUUUGCUCAUAUUCUACAUAAAAUAUAUAAUACUACAUUUUGCAAACAAUAAAAAAGAGAUUGGAGGUUGUUUACUAUCUAUAAUAGCCAUCUAUUUUUACAGCAAUGCUCCCAAAAGCAGACAUCCCACCUCUCCCUUACCUCCCGGGAUUCUCACACAUACAAGGCAUUAACUUGUUGAAAUUAGUUUUUACAGGGCAGAUUGUCUGCAAAAAUAUUAUUGAGAAAGCUGCUUCAAUAAGAAAUGAUGUGAUGUUGUAACAAGGCACACAACGUAAUACACUUUUGGAAACACUUUCUUUGUGCAAAGGUAAAUGUGGACCACAGUUAUUAUAUCAACUAAAAGGCACAAGUGAGGGGGACACACAAGUAGCUGUUUCAUGUGUUCUUGGUUAGGAUUGGUCUUUUACAUUGUCCUGGGGUUAAAACUGCUUUUAAACAUUCUACAAGGUUCUUUAACUAAUACCAUAGAACAGUGAUGUAUAGUCUAUUCCACUCUCAGAUUUUCAUUCUAACCAACCAGCAGCACAAUUAAUAAACUCAUGAGUUUUUUCAGGAACUGAUAAUGUGCUUCUGCUUGUCUGAAAUGAAAACGAAAAAAGCCACACCACUCUCAUAGAAGAACCCUUUUUUACUUCCCUAAAGAACCAUAUUUGUAUAAGAGACCCUAUAAACACGUAAAUAUCCUUUGCUUUAAAAGGUUCUUUACCAAUAUAAAGGUUCUUCACACUCACAUCUCUUCAACAAAUAUUCUUUGGGGAAACAAAAAUGAGCUUGGCUCCAAGAACCUUUUUAGCACCUUUAUGUUUAAAAGUGUAAAAUAAGAACAAACAGGUCUCAGAUCAGUGUAAAAGGCUCAGUGUUCCAGUCUUCUGCUGUUUCUGUUCACUGCUUCAACAUUCCUUGUGAUUCAUGGCACUAAAACAAUGUGUAAACACCACUUCUCCAUGUGUGUGUAAUGAUGGUUAUAAACAUCCAAUAAAUUCUGUGAUCAUUCAAAGA